AUGGCGACCAGCUCAGACUCCCUGAAAAAGGCCAAAAGCCUCGACAACCCUGAACACGUCGAGGACUUCAUCGACAAUGUCGAAAUCAACCUCAACCCCGCCGAGGAUGUAUCCUACGGCCGCAGUGGCUUCCGCGGCCUCGCCGAUUCUCCAUACGUCGGCGGCGCCGCUCUCCUGGCUUCGCUCGGCGGCUUCUCCUUUGGCUACGACCAGGGCGUUAUCUCCAUCAUCAACGUCAUGAAGCAAUUCCACGACGUCUUCCCACAAGCCGCAACACCCUUCGGCAAGGGCUUCAUGACGGGCAUGCUCGAGUUUGGUGCGUUCCUCGGGUGUUUGUUCAUGCCUACGCUGGCCGACAAAAUUUCCCGUAAGAGGGCGCUAGCGGCCGUUGUGGUCAUCUUCAACAUUGGUGCUAUUAUGCAGACCGCUGCGCCGAACUACGGAGUUUUGGUCACUGGCCGGACUAUCGGUGGCAUUGGCGUCGGAACACUUGCAAUGGGUUCUCCAAUCUACAUUUCCGAAAUUGCACCACCUAACCUUCGAGGUACUCUUCUUGUGCUCGAAUCUGUCUCCAUCGUCCUCGGGGUCGUCGUCUCCUUCUUCAUUACCUACGGAACCCGUCACAUGACCGGUGAGAUCGCCUUCCGUCUCCCUCUCGGUCUUCAGAUGGUCUGCGCUACCGGCCUCGGCAUUGGCAUCCUCUUCUAUCCCUAUUCUCCUCGUUGGCUCGCCCUCGUCAAUAGGCCCCAGGAAGCUCUCGACUCCCUCGUCCGCCUCCGCCGACUACCCGCCGACGACCACCGCGUUCAGACUGAGCACCGUGGCAUCAUUAGUGAGGUCGAGGUGCAAAAGAUCAUGCAGGAGAAGUACCAUCCCGGAAAGCGUGGCCUGAGACUCGAACUCGCUGGCUGGCUGGACCUCUUCUCCCCGCGUCUCUGGCGUCGUACGGCGGUCGCCGUCGGCGUGGCCGUAUUCCAACAAUUAAGUGGAAUAAAUGCGUUUAUAUACUACGCCCCGACCUUGUUCCAGUCCCUCGGACAGUCGGAGGAGAUGGCGCUCGUCAUGUCCGGUGUAUUCAACGUCCUACAGCUCGUCGCCGUGUGCGUGUGCUUCUUCGUUAUCGACAAAGUGGGACGCAGACCGCUGGCAAUCUUCGGUGGUCUGGGCGGUGGCACCUCAUGGGGCAUCAUGGCAAUCCUCACAGGUGUAUAUUCCAAGAACUGGAGCGCCAAUACCGCUGCGGGCUGGGCCGCCGUCGCUAUGGCCUUCCUCUUCGUUCUCCUCUAUGGAGUUUCCUACUCCCCCCUGGGCUGGGCCCUCCCGGCGGAAGUCUAUCCCAACUCACACCGCUCCAAAGGUGUCGCCCUGGCUACCGCAACCGUGUGGCUUUUCAACUUCAUCGUCGGCGUCGCGACCCCGCCCAUGAUGGACAAGCUCGGGUUCGGCACCUAUGUCUUCUUCGGAGCCUGGUGCUUCCUCUCCUCCGUCUGGGCCUUCUUCCUCGUCCCGGAGACCAAGGGCAGGACGCUAGAGCAGAUGGACGAGGUUUUCAAGGAUACUUCUGCGCAGGAGGAGAAGGAUAUCAUCAGGCAGCAGAUUCUCGCUCAGCGUGCGCAACCGCAAGGCGGUGCUGGUGUUGGGGGAGCCAAGUACUCUGUUUGA